AGGGCAGUGGGGGGGCCCACCUGCUAGUCUUCCAGUAGAGGCAGUCUCACCGCGGGCCGGGCUAGUACAGGAGCAGCACUGCGGCCACAUAUGAUCCUCUCCCUCUCUCCCCCUAGCCCGGUGCUCGGUAUUUACUCCGGCGGUGGCGGCGGAUCCUGACUCCGGACUCAGCCAGGCGGAUACUCGGUGGUGCAAAAUAUGAUGUCUGCAGCUCCCACUGGAGAUGAUGUAGGACUGGAGUCCUCUCUGGAAGCAAGCAUCACUAGUACGUGCUCAUUUGGGGCCAGCCGUGCCAGAAUCUUCAAAAUAAUUGUAAUUGGGGAUUCAAAUGUUGGAAAAACAUGUUUGACAUACAGAUUCUGUACCAGCUGCUUCCCAGAUCGGACAGAAGCCACAAUAGGAGUGGACUUCAGAGAGAGAAGCGUGGAGAUUGAUGGAGAAAGGAUCAAGAUUCAACUGUGGGACACUGCAGGACAGGAGCGCUUCCGUAAAAGUAUGGUCCAGCACUACUACCGUAAUGUGCAUGCUGUUGUCUUUGUGUAUGACAUCACCAACAUGGCUAGUUUCCAGAGCCUCCCAUCCUGGAUAGAAGAAUGCAAACAGCAUUUGCUCUCAAAUGAUGUGCCUCGUAUCUUGGUUGGCAACAAAUGUGACCUCAGGGACUCCAUCCAGGUGCCCACAGACUUGGCUCAGAAAUUUGCUGACACUCACAGUAUGCCCAUGUUUGAAACCUCAGCAAAAAACACAACGGACCACGUUGAAGCGAUUUUCAUGACACUGGCUCAUAAGCUGAAGAGCCACAAGCCACUUAUUUUAAGCCAACCUCCAGAGAAUACAGUGCAGUUGAAUUCUGGUGCAAAGACCACUUUUCCUUGUUGGUGCUAGAUUAUUUUUUUUCUCACUAUUAACCAAUCUCAUUGACUGUUAGGUAAAGUCUUUAGUAUCAUGAUUCAUUAUGGGAUGUUGAAAAGGAAUAAUAGGAUUCUCCUGCAAUCAGUGAAUUUUUAAUUUCUCUAUUUUCUUUCCUCCUUCCUCCCAAUCUCUUUUGGACCAUUUCACUGUCCCGGUAUUUGCAGACCAAAUAUGUGUUCUGGGAUCUGUGUGCUCUGCCAUGCACGUUGGAGAACACCGUAUUUUUGAAAUCUGCAUGCUACUAGAGUUGACAAGUGCAAUUUUAUUAAUAAGCACAGAGUUUUUAUUACUAAUGGCUUACUUGAAUGGUAUAUAAUAAUCUUUUGACUUGGAAUACCAUAUUUUUCAUAAAGGGAGCUUACCGUUCCCUGCUUUUAUGUGUGUAUUACUAGACUUUCUAAUAAGUGUUUCCAUUUCUGACACUAUUUACUGGCCUCCGUUAUUUAAUGUUUGGUGGAGUAACAUAGACUGCCUUUUAAGUAUAUAUGCCUCUAUCCUGGUACAAGCAACAUCUUCACCUUCUUAAUGUGAACAAUUGUUUCUGGUCUUGAAUCCAAAUUGUAUCACAAUCCUAAUGGUUGCAUGAGGAAAAUCCUUGAUUUUAGGUCAACCUGGAAACAGUGCAUAAUGAAGAUAUGACUGGAUACAGCACACAAAACAAAUGUAUUUAAUGUCCACAACCUGACCAUUUUAAAGCCAUAGUUACUAGUGUUCUUAUAUUAAGAUUACAUAGUCUGUAUUUUAACCAUCUUUGUGAAUAACCAUUCCAGAUGUGUAAUCACAUAGCAAGGUUGAGUCUUUCUCCAUAUUGUUUCUAUUGUUUUGGUUAUGUUUUUUGUUUUCUUUUGGGAGGGAGAAAGGUACGCAUCUUCUAACUUUACUUAAAAAAAAAAAAAAACAUUUAUUUUAACAGAUUAAUUUUCUAAUUUGUUCAGUAUAUAUGAAGAUCAGAACAUACCUCCCCAACACAUAAAACCUUUAUUUAAAAAAAA